AUGCUGGCACAAACGUUCAAAAAGCCAUGUAGGGCAGUCGUGGAACGGGUAUCCGGGACCACAGUGUUUGUCAGAAACAAGAGAACAACGAGCAAGAGCGCGUUGUCGCCCUUGACACAGAGGGUCGUUACACAGCUGAGUGUGAUGUCUGCGAGUAGAAAGCAGCCCAAACUGCUGAAGCUGUCGCGCGAGGACCUGAUCAAACACCAGACCAUCGAGAGAUGCUGGUCACUCUACCAGCAGCAACAGCGCGACCGCAGGAAUACGCAGCUGGAAUUGCAGUUCAAAAGCAUCCAGGGUGCCAUGUCCCUUCUGCAAGAACUCAGCCCUCUGCUGUUCGAGGCUGCCAACGCCUCCGAAAAGGGCAAGCGGUUCCCCAUGGAAAUGAAGGUACCCACCGACUUCCCACCCGACACGCCAUGGCAUUAUCACUUCCGGAAGUCAUAG